AUGAACUGCAUCAAACAGAGUACUAUUUUGCUCUUCAGUCAGUGUGUCAUCACCAUAUAUGCAGGGGAAGUCAUGGAGCAAAUGAUAAGUCUUGGCCAAAUCGAUUCCAGUGACACUCUGGGAACAACAUUCCAUAAUGCGGCUCUUGGUGGGAAUAAAAAGGCAGUAAAGAAAGUCUUAGAUAAAGGCAUACAUGUUGACUAUCCUAAUGAUGAGGGGCAGACACCUUUGUUUUGUGCAAGCUUGAAUGGUCACUACACGGUUGUUGAGUAUCUCCUUUCUGUGGGUGCAGAUGCCAAUGAGAAAAGUAACUCAGGACUGACACCAGUGCAUGCAGCAUGUUACACAGGACAUGCUAGAGUUCUGAUGAAAUUACUCCAGGAAGGCGGAGACCUUAGACUGCAUGACCAUCAAGGUAGAAGUGUAAAAGAUUGGGCAAUGCUAAAUCCAGUUCCCAAGAAGAGAAUGAAGCUUCUUGAGUUUCUGGACAAGACUCGCAUGUUUGCCAUGUCAAAUUCUGGACAUGACCUCCUCAUGAAGAAGGCCUCCAGUAGAACACUUAGCAGGGCUAACCAGAGACGUAACUCAGUGACCAAGAUUAUCCGAGACAGGAUUGGACGUCCCUCUGUUCAUGACAACCUGCAGAAAAUGGCCACAAGUCAUCAUUGUGUGGGCUUUGGACAUGUGUAUGUGAAUGGGUCUGAGGAUGCUGGAUUUGUGUCAGCCAUACCACUGGUCAGUGAGAACAAUCUACGACAUGACAACGAUGGGGAGGCAUACAACAACGGCACCUUCACUGUUAUGGAGAGCAUGUGGUGGGACUACACCAAGGUAACUGUGAAGAAACUCAACAAAGAUGUGGACCCCUACCAAGGAGGAGUGGUUGACCUGCUUAUUAAUGAAAUAGAACACAUUGGAAAGCUCCGUCAUCCCAAUAUUCUAACUCUGAUGGGUGUUUGUCAGACAAGCAAUUUGGAUGCGAUGAUUCUUGUGUAUGAAAGGAUACCAGAUGGAUCUCUCUACAACUUCAUGCACCAAAAGAUGGAGAGGUUGCCAAGCCAGAUGAUCCAGGACGUUGCUGUACAAAUGUGUGAUGCUGUCAUCUUCCUCCACCUGCGUGGGGUGGUCCAUUGUGCCAUCACCUCACACGCUAUCAACGUCAUAGGCACCAACAUCUUCAAGCUUGCAAACUUUGAGUACAUGAUUGAGGCGUCAAAGUGUGAUUGGGGUAAGAAGAAUGCAGUGGCCAACAACCAUGGAGAGAACUCCGUGUACAACUGGAUGGCCCCUGAAGUGAUGAUGCAUAUGCCCCCUUCUUUCUUCUGUGACAUGUUCAGUUACUGUGCUGUACUCUGGGAAAUGUUUCAUGGUGAGGUACCAUGGGAUGGUGAGUGUGCGGAGUCCAUUAAGGCCCGCUACAGUAAGGGUUCGGCACUGACUGUGUACAAUGGGAAGAUGCCCGAGUAUUUCAAGGUCAUUCUAGAGUAUGGGCUCUACCAAGACCCAACCGGCAGGCAGCUUUCAUUCCUCCAUGUUAGGGACCUGCUGCUUGCAGCACCAAAGGAUGCUCAGGGCUAUAUUAAGUCCCACCUGCGUCACCUGCACUCCAACGAGCCCCAGGGUGGAAGUCACGCCCCCUCCGCCCCACCCCGUGACACAACCAACCAUCCCACCCACACCAGCAGGACUGUGGACCAGGCACUGAGAGACAGGGCUGGGAAUCAGGAGAAGGAGAGAGGGGGCCAGUACAGGCAGGAGACAGGAAAAGAUAGUGGCCAGUACAGACAGGAGACUCGGAAACACAGGCAGCAUGAGAGAAAAUCAUGUGGAGACAGGGAAAAAGAAUCGGAGAGAGGCACUUUUGAAAACAGUCAGUGGAAUGAAAGAGAGGACAGAGAGAGACAGUGCCAGAGUAGACAGAGCAGUGGAAGAUAUGGCCCCGCAAACCCCAGGCAAGUUAGCCAAUACACGGACCACAACAACAACAACUGUAAUAGCUCACCAGCAAUCACAUGCUGGAAUGACACUAGACAACCAAUUGAACUACACAACUCACCAAAAAGAAAGCCUUUGCAACUCCACUAUGGUGAAGAUGGAUUGAGUUGGGAAAGCCUGCCCCAGGAGGAUGGGGAAGAGUACACUUAUACAGUACGAGUGAAGAAGUCACCCCAGAAAUCUACAGACAGUAAACUGCUGAAAGGUGCCAAUGAUGUAGAGGCUGCACAGCAGAACAGAGCUCAUGUUUCGUCAGGAUCCUCUUCACAACCAAGUGAAACAACAUCUACUGAAAGCACAGAGCGCUCUGGGAACAGGGAGCUGGGACGCAAAACAUCAUCAAUGGGUCGAUUCAGCUAUCUCCAGUUGGCAGAACUCCAUGGGCCCAAGACUACAGCUGCCAAGCCUGCCUGUCAUGGACAUACUGACUAUGUGGCUGAUGAGUACUCCACUGCUGGCAAGUUGACAAGUGCAGGGAGCCUGUAUGCCCUGUACAAUGAGCACAGUCCGGACCGGCCGCUUGGACAGAGGACCUCCAGAACAGAAUACACACGCUAUUCAACACUUCCAUCCCGGAGAAAACAGUCACCCAUGGUUGAGAGUGACCCCAGCUGGUUUGGAGGGCGGGGCAGUGUACGAGACCUGGCCAGUGUCUUCCAGAAUCAGAUACAAGAUCACAAUUACUAUCAGGAUGUGGUGAAUGGCACUGUAAACAAGAAUCACUCAAAUGAAAAGAUGUUUCAGGCUGAAAUAUGUACUCCAACAAAAGACAACAAGGACUACUACCAUAUGGUGUUUGACUCGGAAGAGGAGGACAGCUGCAGCACUUUCACCUGUGGCAGCCAGCUGGAAAAAUGCGAGUCUGAUGCCACGGUGGACAGCAGUACCGAGUCUGACAUUGUGUCCAAGUGGGUGGACCAUGAACUGAGAAAGAUCAAGAGAAAUCUCUCGAGAGAGGAGGUGAUGAAGAAGCCAAGGAUUCAAGCCCAGUCGCCGGAUCUUUUUGAAAUAUCGGAACAGCUGCAUGCAAGCCCACCAAGACCCCCAUCUAUCCCAGCCAGCCAGGGGUUUAGCCCUGUAGGUCAAGGCUACACACAGGGCCAGGAGUCAAUGGAUGGGAGCAGCUUGGUCACACCGGACACAUCAGACACCAGCCUUGGCUCUUUAACUGGCCUUGGGAAAGGCGAUCAUGUGAAGGAACACAUUGGCCAUUUCUAUGAUGACGAGAUCUACAGUGCCCAGAACAAUUCCAGUAGAGCCCCGGUUCCUACCUACCAUACCCAAACAAGAGAUCACAUCUCUGUGCCCCAUCACUCACAAACAACCAGAAGCCUUCCUUGGGUACCUGAUCAAGCCUCAAAUGAAUCGAGUACUGACAGUUUAACUGAAGAAAUUCCAUCUAAACUUCCCAUGAAAACCAUCUUGAAGAAGACCAGAUCAUCAAGUAGUGAAAUCCUAAAAGAUUCCUCUCCAUCUAAAGGCAGUAGGAAUAGUAAAAGAGGCAGCAGAAUACCAACCUCAUCAUGGGCCAAUCUCCACUCUGACAAUAAGGCAGGUGAGGGAGCUUAUGCCAACAUUGUUACAGUGCGGUCCCGCGUGGACGAUGCCGGAGUCCACCAGGUUACCCACACAGUGAAGGAUUUGGGUAACGGAGGAGCAAGAACGCUCAUGAAGGACAUUGUCAAUGCUAGAAAAGUGGUCACCAAGUUCCAGGCCAAUAAUUGAAGUUUUA